AAUCUAGAUCUUUCCAAUUUCCUAACACGUGCGUUUCGUUGUUCCUUUUAUGAACGUUAAAUAAGCAUCAGUUCUACGCGAAUUCUAGCUUCAGUUUACGACGGACAGCAGUGAACGUACGACGUGUAACUUGCGAUAUACCGUUAUACCGGCAGUGUUUUACUUGUCACGUUUUUUUUACAUUAUAGGAACACCUAGUAUUUUCCUUCUUUUUUUUCCCCAUUGAGUUUUCAAAGCAAUUAUCCGAUAAAGUAUUGCACAAGUACGAGAUAUAAUGGCAUCGAACGUAAUUGAAUUUUAUAACGGUAAAACUGUGUUUAUCACCGGUGGAACUGGAUUCCUUGGAGUUUGUCUUAUCGAAAAAUUACUGAGAUCUAUUCCCGAUCUGAAAACUAUUUAUCUGCUAGUCCGACCAAAAAAAGGGAAAAAAGUGGAAGAGAGACUGGAAGAUAUAAAACAGAAUUCGGUAUUUAACAGAUUAAAAGAAGAGAAUAAGACAGAUCUUUUUAAGAAAUUAAUUCUUAUAGCUGGAGAUGUCGGAGAAGAAAAUUUAGGAUUAUCAUCAGCAGAUAGAUUGACUCUUGUUGAAGAUGUUCAGAUUGUUUUUCAUUCUGCAGCAACAUUGGAUUUUGAAGCAGAUUUGAAAUCUGCUACAAAUAUUAAUUUAUUAGGCACACGUAGAGUUGUCCAGCUUUGUCAAGAAAUAAGAGAUCUCAAGGCUCUGGUGCAUGUUUCUAGUGCAUAUGUGAACUCAACAUUGAAUGAAGUAGAAGAGCAUGUUUAUCCUGCACCAUAUGAUGUGAAUGAGUUAGUUGGAUUAAUAGAAAAAUUAGAUCUUGAAACAUUGAAAGCAGAAACUUCAAAUAUAAUAAAGCACCAUACAAAUGCUUACACGUUCACAAAACACUUGGCUGAACAUGAAAUUAAGAAUGGUCGUAUUCCUGCUGCUAUUGUGCGUCCUUCAAUGAUAACAGGAGCAUGGAAGGAACCAGUUCCUGGAUGGACAGUAUCAAAGAAUGGUCUGCAAGGAUUUUUACUGGGUGCUGGUAAAGGUGUCAUAAGAAGAUUACCAGUUGCAAAAGAAUUAAUUUACGAUUAUAUUCCAGUGGAUUUGGUUGUAAACAAUCUCAUUACCGCAGCUUAUGCUGUUAAUUGUAAUAGUCAAAAAGAAUUGAAAGUGUACCAUUGUACGUCGAGUACGCGUAAUCCCUUCAAAUGGAUUACUAUAGAACCACACAUCAAUUCUUACCUGCAUAAAUAUCCAUUACAAAGUGCUGUUUGGUAUCCAUACCUUAAAUUGCUACCGUCGAUUUUCAUGUUUAAACUCUCUGCAAUUUUUAUGCACUUAAUUCCAGGAUAUAUUUUGGACACCGUUACAAAAUUAGUAGGUGGUCGACCAAUAUUGGUACGAUUACACACAAAUGUUAAUAACUCGGUGGAUCGUCUAAAGACGUUUAUUUUUACUGAAUGGAAAUUUCAUAAUCCUCGUACAUUAGAGUUACAUGACUCGCUAUCAGAGGUUGAUAAAAAACUUUUCAAUUUAGAUAUUAAACAACUAAUAUGGCAGAGUUAUUUUAUUGAUUUGGUACAAGGAGUCAGACAAUAUUUGCAUAACGAAUCCCCGAAAUCAUUGGCAAAAGCGCGUUCUAAAGAUAGGAUUCUAUUGGUUGCUCAUUUGAGUUUGCAAGCUGCACUGUUAGGACUUGUUUGGUGGUUAACCAAAACUGUUUUUGCUACUUCGUGGACUGCUGGUAGUUUUGUCGUCUCUAUUAUUUAUCUUCUUUUUAGUCAGUUAUAAACUACAAUUAUAUAAUUUAAUUCAAUAACAUUCUAUUUAAUCAAUAAACAUUCCCUUUUAUCAACGUCACGUACUACAAACAUACGUAUGUUGGAUAAAGAUUCGUUUUCCACAUUUUUUCAGUAUAAUUCAUCAAAAGUACACAUAGAUACAUUUUUAUACAUUUGAAGAACAACAUGGUGUUGGGAAAUAAAAUUAUAUAAAUAAUAUUAUAUAAAGUA